UUCCACACCGUUCUGGUUCUUUCGACAUAUUGUUUCUCUUUCCUUCGAAUUCCAGUGCCACUUUCCUUAAUAAGAGCAAAGCAUCAGUUUUCGAACAUACCCAAUUAUAAAUUUUGAUAGCCUUGAAGAAUUUGAGCAAUUCAUUGAGUUUUAAAAGCACUAGCAGCUGUCUGAAGAGCAGGAAGAUAUGGGUGUGGAUUACUACAAGCUUUUGCAGGUUGACAAGAACGCCACAGAUGACGAUUUGAAGAAAGCUUACAGAAAGCUGGCCAUGAAAUGGCACCCUGACAAGAACCCCACCAACAAGAAAGAAGCUGAAGCCAAAUUCAAACAGAUCUCUGAGGCCUAUGAGGUUCUGAGUGAUCCCCAGAAAAGAGCAAUUUAUGAUCAAUAUGGAGAAGAAGGCCUAAAAGGCCAGGUGCCGCCACCAGAUGCUGGUGGUCCUGGUGGAGCUACCUACUUCCAAACUGGGGAUGGUCCAAAUGUCUUUAGAUUCAACCCCAGAAAUGCCGACGACAUUUUCGCCGAGAUUUUCGGGUUCUCAAGCCCAAUGGGUGGAAUGGGAGGUGGAAUGGGAGGCGGAGGAGGUGGUGCUGGUAGUGGCAUGAGGGGUACAAGGUCCUUUGGUGGACUGUUUGGAGAUGACAUGUUUAGCUCAUUCGGUGAUGGCCGGCCCAUGACUCAGGCUCCACGAAAGGCUUCACCGAUAGAGAAGAGGUUGCCAUGUAGCCUUGAGGAGCUCUAUAAGGGGACUACCAAGAAGAUGAAAAUAUCAAGGGAAAUUGCAGAUGCAAGUGGGAAGACCUUGCCAGUGGAGGAAAUCCUAACCAUAGAAAUCAAGCCCGGCUGGAAAAAGGGAACAAAAAUCACCUUCCCAGAGAAAGGGAAUGAGCAAGGAAACGUAAUUCCUGCAGAUCUUGUGUUCAUAAUUGAUGAGAAACCACACAGCACAUUCACAAGGGAUGGCAACGACCUUGUUGUCACACAGAAGAUCUCCCUAGCAGAAGCUCUCACGGGCUACACAGUCCAUCUGACCACACUAGAUGGAAGGACCCUCACCAUCCCCAUCAACAAUGUCAUUCAUCCAGACUAUGUGGAGGUUGUCCCUAAAGAGGGUAUGCCCAUACCUAAAGACCCAUCCAAGAAAGGCAACCUUAGAAUCAAAUUCAAUAUCAAGUUUCCGAUUAGGUUGAGUUCUGAACAGAAGGCCGGAAUAAAGAAACUUUUGGCGGCAUGAUUUGAUUCCAGUCAUUCAAUCGACCAUGCGCUAUGCGAAUCUUCUGGGAUCUUCUGGGACGCUUGUGAAUAUGUUUCUUGAGAUGGCCUGGAUUUGUAUAACUAGUUAGUCUUUGUAAGGUUAAACAUUUGUUUGCCCCACAGAUAUAAGCUGGUCAAUUCUAGCUUGGAAGAAAGCAGCAAAUAAAGCUUAGUUAUGUGUUCUAGAAUUUAA